AACGCCCGAUAGGAUACGAAUUGCUCAUAUUUAAAACAUCAGGUGAUAUUCUAAACACAGAGAAAGGAUAUUACGCAGGGUGGAGCUCAACACAAAUGAUAUUAUGACCUGUACUUACACAAAAAUUAACUAAUGUUAAGUAAAAGUAACACUAAAAGUGACAAACCAAAUGAGAACUACAAAUAAAACAAUUCUAUGAUAAAAUUCAUUCUAAUCUAUUGGAUCACCCAUGUGUGUGUGUUUAUGUGUGCAUGUGUAUGUAUGCAUGUAUGUGUGUGUGUGUGUAUGUGUAUUUACAAGCUGCAGCUGGUGAGUUUUUUAUUCUUAUUUUGAUAGAAGCGUAGAUAUCCAUAUGAAAUUAAAAAGAAAUCUAAGAUCUCAUGACGUCACCAACGUAUUCUGUCACAUCAAGGUCAUUAAACUCGAGGGACAGAGGUAUAUACAUGUACUAGAUAUUCAAGAUGGCGAAUCAAGGUGGUAUCCGAAACAUCUUUUUGAUCUUGCUCCUGGUUACCGCUAGCUACCUGUGUGGACUGAUGAGCCAUCUACUUAGCAGGGAGAUCGACAACGCACCCAGAGCCUGGUGGGAGGAAUCACGCGUGUACACGGGUAAUAAACGGGAUGUCGUAGUUAGCCCUCCUAGAGAAGCAUCACACGGACGCCAACAGGACAAGGGGGACGAAGUUGUAGCCGUCCCCCCUCAGGCACCUGUAAUGGAACCUCCCGGAGAGAGUAACCCUGCAGUUGGGGACGAAGAAACAGAAGAAGAGGACAGUCAUAAGAGUGAAGACAAGGAGGAAGCGGGUAAGGAAGAAAACGAAAACGAUGAGAAAGGAAAAAGUGAUGAAGACUCGAAUGAUAAUGUGGAGGAUGAUAUAAAAGAUGUCAUGGAGGUUAUUCAGCACAGGCCGGCCGUGAAGAAACAGAAGAAAUCUGUUGAGGGAGACAAUAAGGAUCUACGGGAUCUUCACUUUAAUGAAGAGUACAGAGCCAAGUAUUUUAAGAACGCCCCGAAAAUCAGAACCGUUAUGAACAGAAUACUCCACGUGACACAAGACGUCGUGUUCUUCUCAGGGUUCGAUGACGAUGUGGAUAACUGCUUCAUGAAUGGACAGUUUAAACAGGGGUGCCAUUCUACCUCACCUUUGAAGCACUACGCCACCUGCGCAGUGGUGGGGGGAAGCGGCAUCCUGACGGGCAGCUCAUGUGGACCGGAAAUCGACAAGCACGACUUCGUCAUCAGAUUCAACCUGCCACACAUAUGGGCAUACAAGGAAGAUGUUGGGACGAAGGUGAACAUGACAGUGUUGGACAACUAUGCCCUGAAAACCAUCGACGAGAAGAUGAUAUUAGAGCCGGAAGUCUUACUGGAACAUUUCCCACAGUUCAACAACUCCCUCCUCUUCUACUCCAAGACGAUAUAUGAACCGAAGAAGGGCAAACACGGUCUUGGUUCUUACCAAAGAUACAAAAGAGUCGACACUUUCCUGCUAGACCAUAAGUUCAACAUCACACUGGCAUAUGCGAUGAAAGACUUCAAGAACGUCACAGAGAAGUUAUUGAACAUGGUGUUCCCUGGGUUCGAAUCGCCCACGAUAGGCCUGCUGAGUUACCUGAUGGCACUGACCUUCUGUGAUGACGUGGACAUCUACGGCUUCUAUCCCUUCAUGGCCGACCAGAACGGCAACCCAGUGCAGUUCCACUACCACGGCGCCCCGAUUCCAAAGGAGUUCUCGGCCGGGAAGGCCCCGCACCUCUUCGACUCCGAGUACCACCUGAUGAGCUAUAUGAACUCCAAGGACGUGGUCAGGGUAACCGUCGGCAAAUGUCAAGGACUCGGCAAGAAAACCAAGUUACCCCCGCCUCCGUCAUAACCGUCCUGCCACCAUUUUGGAUACAAACACAAUCUCUAAGCAGACGUUGGAGUAGAUAAUAUAGCAGGCUUACGUUUUUACAUCUUAUCUUGCUAAUCUCGAUAUUAGUGAUCAUGCUGACAAGCUUAUUGUGAAUAUUGUAGUGAAUUCUUGCCCGGAAGCUAACGAAAGCGCAAUGACAAUGUGGCGUGAGUGGCUAAAUGCUAGAUCUUAAUUCUUUUGGUUCUAGCAUUUUUAGACACACACUAGUAAGUCUUGGUUCUUGAUGCAGAAACUGUGUUUGUAUAAUUAUCUAGCCAACCCGCAUGUUUGCUGAUAAUUAGGCACUGCGCACUCGCCCAUUCAUGGUAGCUGACAUGGAAAAAAUCGAGUCACGCCAAUCUUUGAUUGAGAACAUAUUUAAACAACACAAGAUGUACAAAUGUAUGUUGACACAAAAAAUGAGACCUAAUUUAUUAAAUUUGUACAAGAGUCUAACCAUGCCUUAUUGGUAUUGAGGAAUAAUGAUAUAGACAUCCCAUAAUUGACAUGUAUUUAACAUAAUUAACAUCAGAUAUAUCAAAUUGAGCAUGCAGGCGUUACAGGAAGAGACAAACAGAUAAGCACGAUGUUUCAAAUCGUUUAUAUGGUUCUGACAUAGUACGGUUAUGGGAAAGAUUAGGUUUGUAUUGUUUCAGAGAGUUUUGCAUUAUGAAGAUUGUUACCAUGGUCAGUUUUGUUAUUAAAAUAUUUACAAUAAUGUA